AGCUGCUGCUCUCAUUCCGCUGGUUCUUCUCUUUUAGCUUCUGACCGUGUUUAGUACUGCGCUGAACUUCGCACCCUGUAUAAGCCCAGCAAUGGCACUCAGCUGUGACCCAGUGUACCAGAAACUGAGUCAGUGGUACGAAGCCCACCAUGCCGGCCUUAACAUGAGGCAGAUGUUUGAAGCUGACAAGGGCAGGUUCAGCAAAUUCAGUAAAACACUUGUGACUGACCAUGGCGAUAUUCUGCUUGACUACUCAAAGAACCUUAUUAAUGAAGAUGUCAUGAAGCUUCUGAUAGAGCUGGCCCACUCCAGAGGCGUGGAGAGUGCAAGGCAGAAGAUGUUUUCAGCUGAGAAGAUUAACUUCACUGAGAAUCGGGCUGUUCUUCAUAUUGCUCUCCGCAACCGGUCAAAUACACCAACCUUGCUGGAAGGAAAAGAUGUUAUGCCUGAAGUCAACGCAGUCUUGGAGAAGAUGAAAGCUUUCUGCCAGAAAGUCCGCAGUGGGGACUGGAAAGGUUACACUGGAAAGGCCAUUACUGACGUGGUUAACAUUGGCAUUGGUGGCUCUGACCUGGGACCUUUGAUGGUAACUGAAGCACUUAAGCCCUAUUCUAAAGGAGGACCUCGUGUGUGGUUUGUAUCGAACAUUGAUGGCACUCACAUUGCCAAGACACUGGCUGAACUUAACCCAGAGACUUCACUCUUCAUAAUUGCAUCAAAGACAUUUACCACCCAAGAAACCAUAACUAAUGCUGAAACUGCCAAGGAAUGGUUCCUGAAUUCUGCCAAAGAUGCAUCUGCAGUGGCCAAACACUUUGUUGCUCUGUCCACCAAUGCACCAAAAGUCAAAGAUUUUGGAAUAGAUACCGCAAAUAUGUUUGAAUUCUGGGAUUGGGUUGGUGGACGUUACUCUUUGUGGUCAGCCAUAGGGUUAUCCAUUGCACUUCAUAUCGGGUAUGAUAACUUUGAAAAGCUUUUGGCAGGAGCCCACUGGAUGGACAAUCACUUUUACAAAACUCCACUAGAAAAUAAUGUCCCUGUACUUCUGGCCAUGCUGGGGGUGUGGUACAUCAACUUUUAUGGCUGUGAGACUCAUGCCCUUCUUCCCUAUGAUCAAUACAUGCAUCGAUUUGCUGCCUAUUUUCAGCAGGGUGACAUGGAAUCAAAUGGAAAGUAUAUCACUAGAACAGGGGCUCGUGUGAACUAUAACACUGGUCCUGUGGUGUGGGGUGAGCCAGGAACCAAUGGACAGCAUGCAUUCUAUCAGCUCAUACAUCAAGGUACUCGCAGAAUUCCUUGUGACUUCUUGAUUCCUGUGCAGACCCAGCAUCCAAUUAGAAAUAACUUGCAUCACAAGAUCCUCCUGUCUAACUUCCUUGCUCAGACAGAAGCCCUCAUGAAGGGAAAGUCCACAGAAGAGGCCAAAAAGGAGUUACAGGCAUCUGGACUAACUGGGGAUGCUCUGGAAAAAUUGCUUCCACACAAGGUUUUUGAAGGAAACCGACCAACAAAUUCCAUUGUAUUUACAAAACUUAAUCCGUUCAUUAUGGGAGCUUUAAUUGCUAUGUAUGAACAUAAAAUCUUCGUUCAGGGUGUUGUGUGGGACAUAAACAGUUAUGACCAAUGGGGAGUUGAGCUUGGGAAACAACUGGCAAAGAAAAUUGAGCCUGAACUGGAAACUGAUGCUGCUAUAACAUCUCAUGAUAGCUCCACCAAUGGACUCAUCGAAUUCAUCAAGAAACACAGAGGCUAAACCUGAUCAAUGAGUUUAGCUGCAAGCUUGAUGUUACCUUUGUCCUGUUCUUGGCUUUCAGUAAAAAAAAAGCACUUUUUCCUAAUGUAGUUUAUUCUCUUGUAAUUGUAACUGUUGUGUCUUCCAGUUUGAAGCAGUCUGGGGAGAAAGCAAGAAGAGCUAAUGUCCAAAGACAAUCUGCAUCAAUGCUUAUCCAGAUAUCAGAGUAGGGCAAGCAAUUCAUGUUAGCCACGCAACCUUUGUUUGCUAAAAAAAAAAAAAAAUAAGAUUAGUGUCCUGUUUUAAGUCACCUAAUCACGCAUCUGUUUGUUUUUUCCUUUUGCAAUCAUUGUUUAUUGUGAAAUGUCUGUUUACAUAAUUAAAAACAAACAUGCA